AUGGGUGCAUUCAGACCCCCGUUUUCACGAACUGGGCGUCUUGCCACCGGGUCGAAUGGCGUCAGGAUCACCAUAAUCUCGGAGACAGCGAACAGACGCUAUGCUGAUCUGCGCCUUGGAAAUGCGAACUGCUUGUUGAUCCAACUGUUUAAGGCUGAGAGCAUCCUCCAACUCUCACAAUCUACGUAA